AUGUCGGCCCUGGAUCGUCUGGUGGAUCUCCACCAGCGGCUGUUGCGCGACGAGCAUGCAGCGGAGACGGAAGAGCUGGAGGCUGCGCUUAAAGCGUUUUCUCUCAACGAACUCGAGUCGCAGGGACUCGUUCUCCCGCGGCUGGUCAUCCACGAAGUGCGAAGCGGCCUCUACUCGCGCACGCUGGUCGACUUCUGCACGCGCCGCGCCGCCCAUGCCUUUCAGAAGAGACAGAAAAAACAGAAAGUCGCCUCUGCAGCCGAGGACCAAGAUGAAUCCUCCUCUGAGGCCCCUGUCGGGCUCCUCCUUCCGCCUCAGCACCGCUUCACCCCGGGAGACAUCGUGGGCGUGUUUAACGACGCGCACGCUUUCAUGCAGAUUUCAGGCAGCGCGGGCGCCUUGGCUGCGGGCGUGGUACACAAAGUGAAGGCGCAGCUGAUUUCGAUUGCGUUCGAAGACGAGGACUGGCUGGGCGGGUCUGAGAAAAACGCCUCAGGGCCGUCAGGUGCCAAGGCGAAGCGAGACGACGAGGCACGCGGGCACUUCCACCUCGCUCUUAUCUCCAGCAGCGUGACGAUCGACAGACAGUUGAAGGCCCUGGAUCGCCUCAAGAACUACCCGACCAACGGAGCCGCGCGGGCGCUGCUCAACCUGUGCUUUGGGAUCCAACAGCCUCAGCCCCUGGCGUCUGGGCGCUUCGAAGAGGCCGCGGCGGAGGAAGGGGACCUUUUUCGCGGCGCAGCCGCCGACGAGAGAGAGGAGGGCGGCCGCGAGGAAGGCGCGGAGGACGCGCCUUGUUUGCGGGACGCGUCCGCGUUGUCGCCUCCCCUCGCACAUUUGUCGUCUCAGGAUUUGUCGCACUGCGACGGCUUUCCGUGGUUCGCGCCGCGUUUGACCGGAGCCCAGAAGCGCGCGGUGCUUCUGGGGCUGCGCUCGCGCGACCUGGCGCUGAUCCACGGGCCGCCAGGGACUGGCAAGUCGACGGCGCUGCUGGAGCUCCUCCUGCAGCUCGCCGUUCGCGGCCGGCGCGUCCUCGCAUGCGCCCCAAGCAACAUCGCAGUUGACAACCUGCUGGAGCGCGUGGCGGGCGCGGGCGCGUCUGGGCGGCUGUCUGCGCGGCUGUCUGCGCGGCUGCAGCACUGCGUGCGUCUGGGGCACCCGGCACGCGUCGACGAGAAGCUGUCGCGGUUCUGCCUGGAAAGUCAGGUUCAGCGGACGGCUGGCGCGGCCCUCUCGCGCGAAAUCCGCCGCGAGCUCGACUUCAGCCUGGAGAUGCUCAACGACCGCCGGAAACUGGAGAAAUUCGUCGAACAGAAGAGGGAGGAACUCGCCGGGGGGAGCGGCAGGGGACGAGCCGACGCCGCCGUCGCGCGCGCAAACAGCAGCCGCGCAGGCUGGGCGGCCGCCGCCACACGGGAACUGAGACAAGAAAUUCGCACGCUGCGCAGGGAACUGCGAGCCUUCGAAAAGAAGGCGGUGGAAGAGGUGCUGGAGCAGUCCCCGAUCGUCUUCGCAACGUGCGCGGGGGCCGACGAUGAAGCCCUACGGAGCUUCUUGGGCGACGACCAGGGGCGCCCCGGGCAGGGCUCGGCUGGCAGGAACGGCUUUGACGUCGUUGUCGUCGACGAGGCCGCGCAAGCGCUGGAGGCCGUGUGCUGGAUUCCGCUGCUCUGUGGGCAGCGCGCGGUGUUGGCUGGCGACCACUGCCAGCUGGCGCCCACGAUCAAGAGCCGCAGCGCGGAGAAGGCGGGCCUCGGCGUCACGCUGUUUGAGCGCCAGAUGUGCGCGCGCUACGGGGCUCAGAUAUCGCAGCUGCUCGACACCCAGUUUCGCAUGCAUGAACGCAUCAUGGGGUGGAGCAGCGAGCAAUUUUACAACGGCGAACUCCGAGCGGACCCCUCUGUCGCCUCGCGCCUCCUGGCUGACAAGUACCCCAGUCUCAGAGACGAAGAGGAAGAAGAGCCCCAGCGAAACAGCGACGCGUAUGCGUCUUCAGUGGCGCCGCCGUUCCUCUGGAUCGACACAGCGGGCGUUUCCUGGCUGCAGGAAGAUGGCGAGGAAGAGGAAACGAGCUACGCGUCGCGAGAUGCAGCUGCAGCUCCGUGUUCUAUGAGUGCCUCCAAAAGCAACCGCGGAGAGGCCGCGCUUCUCGUCAAGCGGCUGUCAGAGUUAGUGUGGACUUUCGACGUUAACCCCGCAGACAUUUGUGUGAUCACGCCGUACAGAAAGCAGGUUCAGCUGCUGCGCCAGUACUUGCAACAGGCGGCGGCCGAGUCUCUCUCGGAUGCCACGUCCUCCUUCGGCAAGAGGGCGAACGCGACGGAGAGCGACCUGGAAGCGGAUCGCCAAAAGCGCGAAGCCUUCUGCAGAAUAUCUGUCAACACUGUCGACGGAUUUCAGGGCCGGGAAGGCGAAAUCGUCGCGAUCUCGCUCGUCCGCAGCAAUCCGAGACACCACGUUGGGUUCCUCAAGGAAGUGAGGAGACUGAACGUCGCGGUCACGCGCGCCAAGCGCCACCUGCUCAUCGUGGGCGACUCCGAGACGAUCGCUGGCAGAGAGGCCGAGGAGGGACACGCAGAGGGGGAAUGGACUCCGGGUGAGGCCGCCGCUUGUGAGGCCGAAGGGCAGGGAGAGGGCCUGCAGAAACAAAGUCCUCAUGUGGGGAAUGCAGACUUCCAGGGAGCGAAGUGCGCGAAGAAGUCAGCGAGAGCCAUCUUGCGCUCUCUUUUCCACUACGCGUGCGAGCGGGGUGAGAUCCGGAGUGCUCUCGAGUUCAUCGACAUCUCAGAUAUUCCAGGGGCGGUGGCGCGGGAGCCUGGGAAGCCUCAGGCGCGUGAGUCGCCCUCGCUCGCGUCGGCGGCAGAUCGCGUCGGCUCAAGGAGUGGAGCCGGUGCAGCGCCAGCGCCUUCUGAGCACGACAAAGGCACGGCAGGGAAGGGCCUGAGCAGGGCAGCAGCGAAGAAGAAGAAGCAGGAGCGGAAGGCGAACCUGAAAGACAGGGUGGACGCUGGUCAUGGUGCCGAAGUAGCCAGUGCGAACGCAGCGCAUGCAGAAGAGCGGCAGCACAAUGGGGGCGGCGACGAACCUACCGCACCUCUGCGGCGCGCAGCUGAAGAAGCUUCUGCGUUGGACGAGAAGUACCGGGAUAUUCUUUUAGGCUUCAAGCGACGCGCGCUGCAAUCGGUGUCUCAGUCUCCCGGGUCUUCGGCGUCCUACGUCUUCCCGUCUUCGCUGACUGCAUACGAACGCAAGCUCAUUCAUACGUUGGCGGAUGAGCUCGGUUUGUCUCACGUCUCGGUGGGCGAGAACGAAGACCGGAAAAUCGAAGUCAGUCUGGUCACCCGCUCCAAGGGGGCAUCUCGAGAAGAGAGAAGAAAAGACAAGGCUGUGAAGACAAGAGAGAAGCCGACAGCCCCGAGUGCGAGUCAGGCGGCCCAAGAGGAGCAAGCGCCAGAGCCCAAUGAGGCUUAUGGCGGUGAGGGUGAGGCAGCAGAGGGAAACGAGGGCAAGACGGAUGAGAAGCAAAAACGCGAAGCAGAACUGCUCGACUCGCAUCGCCCGAGGGGGAAAGGCAAGAAAAAGAAGAAAAAUGGGGAGCAAAAUGCGGGGGGGCUGAGACGGCGAAAGAAGAAGACGAUUUUGACGCACUGCUGGACAACCUGA